AGGAUAAAUAGAGAGAGAGAGGGAGGGAGAACAUUUAUUGAGGAGUAAAACGGGGAGUAUCGUUGACAUCAACCAGCAGUGUUUAAAGCUACCCGACCGGAGAUGGUCCCCCUACACAUGAGCGCAGAGUAGCGGUCCUGUAGGGCUUCUGAGGAGGCUAGAGGAAAGCUUGCGUUCCCUGACGAAAAGUAAAACCUUUCUGAGGAGCUCAGCUGUCAAAUGGGAUUAUUAUUUCUGUCUGGGGUUCAAGGGAAACUGCCAGCUGAAAGUCCAUCCACAUGAAUUCAUCAGACCAAAAAGAAGACGGAACACUCACUUUCCCUAUUAAGGUCCACUGGAUGGUCAACCUGAGAAUUCCACAGAGCGGGCCUGCCUCAGCCAGGGCUGUAGGGAACACCCAGGGAGUGCCAAGCCCUGCUGAGAGAAGUCCCCCACCUCCACCCCCUAUCGCAGGAGGUACCAUGGUUCCCCCCAGGCCAGGUGGAACCGUAGCCCAGUCCAGGGCGACUCGUCCUGGGUACGGACUCUGCUUGUACCCCCCUUGUCUGCUGCUGCCACUGCUGGUGCUCACAUCCCUGCCCAACCUGUCUGGGGCGGUGGCGGCACCCAAGUUCACCAAGAUCCCCGGGGACCAGAUCGGGGUAUCGGGGGGUGUUGCCUCGUUUGUGUGCCAGGCGUCAGGUGACCCCAAACCCAUGGUCAACUGGAACAAGAAGGGCAAGAAGGUCAACUCCCAACGCAUAGAGACAAUAGAGUUUGAUGAUGGAGCGGGGGCCGUACUGAGGAUCCAGCCUCUCAGGGCCCCCCGAGAUGAGAAUGUCUAUGAGUGUGUGGCCCGCAACAGUGAGGGAGAUGUGGCCACCACUGCCAAGCUGGCCAUCAUACGAGAGGACCUGUUGCCAUUUGGUUUCCCCAGCAUUGACAUGGGUCCUCAGCUGAAGGUGGUGGAGAGGACCUGGACGGCCACCAUGCUGUGUGCUGUAAGUGGCAUCCCUGACCCAGAGAUCUCCUGGUUCAAAGACUUCCUCCCUAUAGAGCCCAGCUCCAGCCAGGGACGCAUUAAACAGCUGCGCUCAGGUGCCCUCCAGAUAGAGAACAGUGAGGAGUUAGACCAGGGAAAGUAUGAGUGUGUGGCCACUAACUCUCAGGGAGUGCGUUACUCUUCCCAGGCCAACCUGUAUGUACGAGAGCAACGAGAAGGAUCAACAGACAAAUUGCGUCGUGUGCCUCCCCGUUUCUCCAUCCUGCCCUCCAACCAUGAGAUCAUGCCCAACGGCAGCAUCAACAUCACCUGUGUGGCGGUGGGUUCACCCAUGCCCUACGUCAAAUGGAUGCUGGGUAUUGAGGACCUGACACCUGUGGACGAGAUGCCGGUGGGGCGGAACGUUCUGGAGCUCAACGGAAUCAGGGAGUCGGCCAACUACACCUGUGUGGCCAUGAGCAGUCUGGGGGUUAUAAAGGCCACUGCACAGGUGUCAGUUAAGACUCUUCCCAAGCCUCCCGGUACCCCCAUCGUCACGGAGACGACUGCCACCAGCGUCACUAUCACCUGGGACUCCGGUAACCCCGACCCGGUGUCCUAUUACAUCAUCCAGUACUGGGCCAAGGCACCAGACAGCAAGUACGAGACGGUGGACAGUAUCACCACCACCAGGUACAGCAUUGGAGGGCUCUACCCCAACACGGAGUAUGAGAUCAGGGUGUCAGCCGUCAACAGCAUCGGCCAGGGACCCUCGUCCACCCGGGUGGAGGCCAGGACAGGGGAGCAGGCCCCGGCUAGCCCCCCCAGGAACGUCCAGGCCAGGAUCAUCUCCAAGAACACUGUCAUGGUCCGCUGGGAGGAACCAGAGGAGCCCAAUGGACAGGUGAAAGGUUACCGGGUGUACUACACCAUGGACCCAUCUCAGCCCAUGAGUCUGUGGCAGAUCCAUAAUGUUCAGGACAGCACCAUCACCUCCAUCCAGAGCCUGGUACCCUCUGAAACAUACACUGUCAGAGUCCUGGCCUUUACAUCUGUGGGAGACGGACCCUUCUCAGAUCCUGUCCAUGUCAAAGUGCUGCCCGGAGUUCCAGGGCAGCCAGGAAAGUUCAAGGUGGGCAAGGUGACGGAGACCAGUAUAGAGCUGACCUGGGAACCGUCCUACAUCAAGGAGGGCAUCGUCAACUACGAACUGCUCUACAAACCUGUCAAGUUCGGCAGCCUGGAGAAGUUGACGUUUGGGCCCAGGGCUUCGUACACAGUGGAGGGUCUGAGGGCUAACACGGAGUACUCCUUCUCCCUGGCUGCCAUUUCUAACAAAGGCAUCGGAGCCUUUACCAACGAGCUGGUCCAGAGGACAGCACAAGCCAACGUCCCGAGGAAUUUCUCAGUGAACCUGGCGACCAAGACGAGUGUUCUCCUGACCUGGGAGUUCCCUGAGAGCCCCUACCCCUACCACUUCACUGUGGAGUAUAACCGCCAGAAGAUGGAGGUGGAUGCCAAGCUGAGGAAAGCAGUGAUCCCCAACUUGCAGCCAGAUACCGACUAUGACUUCAAAAUCACCUCCUCUGAGGGCAACAUGGGCGGGCUGAGGCACCGCAUCCACGCCAAGACCUCUCCACCAAUUGCCAUCCGCCGUCCGGAGAUUGACCACACCCGUGACACGGAGACCACCAUCACCAUAAUCCUGCCCUCGCUGGAGAAUCGCAUCCCUGUCAAGAACCUGUAUGUGGUGGUAGUUCCUCUGAGGAGGACGAGGGGGGUCAUUAGACAUCUCAAGAGCCCAGACGAGAUGGACUUGGAGGAGUUGUUGAAGGACAGCAGUCAGAGACAGAGGGAAUCUAGACAGCAGAAACAGGUAGACCUGCGCAGAGCCUACAUCUCAGCCCUCUUCACCCCUGCUACUCUGCCAGCCUUCUUCACUCUGGGGGACCAGCUGGACUACGGAGGCUUUGAGAACCGCGCUCUAGAACCAGGACAGGAGUACGUGUUCUUCAUCUUGGCAGAACUCAAUGGCACCACAGUGAAGAUGUAUGCGGACAGUCCGUACACAGAGCCAGUGAUCGCUCCGGACUCAGACCCCCAGCCCAUGGAUGCGGGGGAUGGUCUGAUCUGGGUGGUGGGACCCGUCCUGGCCGUAGUCUUCAUCAUCUGCAUCGUCAUCGCCAUCCUGCUCUACAAGAACAACAAGCCAGACAGUAAGAGGAAGGACUCCGAGCCAGGCACCAAGAGCCUUCUGUGUAAUGCUGAGAUGAUGGCCCACCACCCCACAGACCCUGUUGAGAUGAGACGCAUCAACUUCCAUACCCCUGGUAUGAUGAGCCACCCUCCCAUUCCCAUCACAGAGCUGGCUGAACACACAGAGAUACUCAAGGCCAAUGAUAGCCUGCGUCUGUCUCAGGAGUACGAGUCCAUCGACCCCAGUCAGCAGUUCACCUGGGAGCACUCCAACCUGGAGGUGAACAAGCCCAAGAACCGUUAUGCUAACGUCAUCGCCUAUGACCACACCCGCGUCGUCCUCGCCCCCAUAGAAGGUUCAAGUCCAGAUAUCCUGGGCAGUGACUACAUCAAUGCUAACUACAUAGACGGCUACAGGAAGCAGAAUGCCUACAUCGCCACACAGGGCCCGCUGGCAGAGACAUUCGGGGACUUCUGGAGGAUGGUGUGGGAACAGAGAGCAGCCUCUGUGGUCAUGAUGACCAGACUGGAGGAGAAGUCACGGAUAAAGUGUGACCAGUACUGGCCAAGCCGGGGUACAGAGACCUAUGGGAUGACUCAGGUCACCAUACUGGACACUAUGGAACUGGCCACAUUCUGCGUGCGCACCUUCUCCCUGCAGAAGAAUGGUUGUAAUGAGCGGAGGGAGGUACGUCAAUUCCAGUUCACUGCCUGGCCAGACCACGGUGUACCAGAGUACCCCACUCCGUUCCUGGCCUUCCUACGCAGGGUUAAAGCCUGCAACCCCCCUGACGCUGGUCCUGUCAUCGCACACUGCAGUGCGGGCGUGGGUCGUACCGGUUGCUUCAUCGUGAUCGACACCAUGCUGGAACGGAUCAGACACGAGCGCACGGCCGACAUCUAUGGUCACGUGACUCUGAUGAGGUCACAGCGGAACUACAUGGUGCAGACGGAAGACCAGUACGGCUUCAUCCACGAGGCGCUGCUGGAAGCAGUGGCUUGUGGGAACACGGAGGUGGCGGCCCGGAGCCUGUUCUCCUACAUGCAGAAGCUGGGCAAGGUGGAGAGUGGAGAGCACGUCACUGGCAUGGAGCUGGAGUUCAAGCGUCUGGCCAACACCAAAGCCCACACGUCUCGGUUUGUCAGUGCCAACCUGCCAUGUAACAAGUUUAAGAACCGCCUGGUCAACAUCAUGCCCUAUGAGACCACCCGCGUCUGUCUGCAGCCAAUCCGAGGUCUGGAAGGAUCAGAUUACAUCAACGCCAGCUACAUUGAUGGAUACAGGCAGCAGAGAGGUUACAUGGCCACCCAGGGCCCACUGGCUGAGACCACAGAGGACUUCUGGAGGAUGCUGUGGGAACACAACUCUACCAUCGUGGUCAUGCUCACUAAACUGAGAGAGAUGGGACGGGAGAAGUGCCAUCAGUACUGGCCCGCAGAGCGGUCUGCUCGGUACCAGUACUUUGUAGUGGAUCCCAUGGCUGAAUACAACAUGCCUCAGUAUAUCCUCAGAGAGUUUAAGGUCACCGAUGCAAGGGAUGGCCAAUCACGGACAGUUCGUCAGUUCCAGUUCACCGAUUGGCCAGAGCAGGGAGUUCCUAAAUCUGGAGAGGGCUUCAUCGACUUCAUUGGCCAGGUGCACAAAACCAAGGAGCAGUUUGGACAGGACGGCCCAAUCAGUGUCCACUGCAGUGCGGGUGUGGGGCGGACCGGAGUCUUCAUCACUCUGAGUAUCGUUCUGGAGAGGAUGCGUUACGAGGGAGCUGUGGACAUCUUCCAGACUGUCAAGAUGCUGAGGACACAACGCCCUGCCAUGGUACAGACGGAGGAUGAGUACCAGUUCUCCUACCAGGCUACCCUGGAGUACCUGGGGAGUUUUGACCACUAUGCAACCUAAGAGAGGAGAGGAACUGUCAUCCCUCCAUCCUUCUGUUCAGAUAGAGGUCCACAGAGACGAGGAACAACGAAAGAGAGGCGCAGACUGGAAAACAACUAAACAAUUAACCUUAUAUCCCAUUGGAGGGGCAACGCUACUAACAAGGAGUAAUUAUACAAGAACAACAACAGCAACAUACAAAACAACAACAACAUACAAAAUAACAACAACAACAUACAAAACAACAACAACAACAACUAGACAAACGUCAAAUAAAACCUGUACUCUCAGGAAAGACUAUUACAUGUGUAAUCCUGCAUAUUCUUCUUACCUCAGUGUUUUAUAAAACCUGUGUGUUGUGGUCAGCUAUUUCAAAAACAAAACCAGUGAUGUAUAAAAGGACAACAAAAAGCCUGGAUAUCUGCUGCACCUUAAAGGGGUUUUCUAUCUUAUCUUUCUAUCUGUGGGUUUAGUGUACGAGGGUGGAACACUUCCACGUGUCUGUGGGUUUAGUGUACGAGGGGGGAACACUUCCACGUGUCUGUGGGUUUAGUGUACGAGGGGGGAACACUUCCAUGUGUCUGUCGCUCUCCAUUCAUGGUGUCUGUUGCUGCCACAGCUAGUCCUGGUCCACAGCACGGUUUUAGAUCUAUAGAACUAGAAGGACGGUUUGAGCUGCAUGUCUGUGAUUGGACACCAGACUCUUCUACCCACAGUGCCAAGAGAAACCACGCUGUUCUGGGGCAGAUGGGAAAUUAACUUUGACCUCUAAUGAGAAGGAGGAAUGGUACCCGUCGACAUCCAGCAUGCAUGAUGAUCCAUGAGCUCCAGGUUGAGGUUGCCUGUAGGCACAGAUCUAGGAUCAGUUUACCAUGCAGAAAUCAUAAUCUAAACCAUUUGGGUGGAAAAACAAAACUGACCUAAGAUCAUUGUCUGGGGGCAACUUCACCCUACUUCAAGUGUGGAUCAAUAUUAUUACCAGUCAAUGUUCAGUCAUCCAUGCUUUGCUUGUUAUGUUCUGACAUCUUACUACAUAGAGUAAUGACAGUAAAGGUUAAGCACAGUUUAGGCAAUUCCAUUUCAAUCCCAGCCAGUCAUUUCGGGAGAUGCACUGAAAUUAUGUGUAUGAAUUGAAAAUUGGCUAUAUUUUUCUUGGAGGACCAUUUCAAUGAAUGAACAGAAUUUGAGUUAAUUUCCUUAAUUGACUGGAGUGUUUUUUGGGGGGAACAUUUUCCACAUUCUGCAGAAAAUAUUGUAAUGAUCCUAUUCAUUGUGGUUCAGUGUGUUUGCCUUAUGUUUCACCAUGUUGGUUUUCAGCUGCUUACGUUACAUCUAAAUUGUCUGAGCUAAGCAGUAAGCGUCAUAAUGUAGCUUACACCUACUUGAAAUCUGCCACUCUGCGUUAGAAUGAUCCUGAUGGCUCAGUGUGUUGGAGUAUGUUUCUGGCAACACAAAGGUUGUGGGUUCAAAUCCUGCUUGGGCUACAUAUACAGUAAUGAGUAUGUGUGUUCAUGUUGAGUUGGAUGAACUUUGUUUGCUUGAUAAACCCAAGUCCUCAUGGGUUGAGAGUAGAACUCAAACUCUCUUCUCUUGCCCACAGUAAGACAGGACUCUUCACAUCUUCUCUCCGCUCUGUCUCUGCUUGUAGUCCUACUGUACAGAAAAACUAAAGGACACAACCUUUAGUCCACUCCAGCAUCCCCCACAAUCCCUUUAGAUAUCAUCCUCUCCUCUUAUUGAUUUGACAUUCUAUAAUCUGCUGCCCCAGAUACGUAGUGAUUGAACAGCACAGUAUGAACUUAGACUGUAUAUACUGUGUAACGUAUAGAGAGUUCUUUAUAAUGCAGUACAUACAGUAGGCCUAACUGACGUAGAGGUAAGCAAUAAGGCAGGGGUUGUGGUAUAUGGCCAAUAUACCAUGGCUAAGGGCUGUUCUUAAGCAAGACGCAAUGUGGAGUGCCUGGAUACAGCCCGUAGCUGUGGUAUAUUGACCAUGUACCACAAACCCCUGAGGUGCCUUAUUGUUAUUAUAAACUGGUUACCAACGUAAUUAGAGCAGUAAAAAUACAUGUUUUGUCAUACCCGUGGUAUACGGUGAUAUACCACGGCUGUCAACCAAUCAGCAUUCAGGGCUCGACUACCCAGUUUAUAAAAGUUCUUUAUAACACAGUUUAUAGGCCUGACUGACGUAUAGAGUUGAAACAAGUGGGGCAUAAUUAUUAUCAUCAAAAAAGAGCCUUAUUGUUGACCUUUUGAUAUGAUUUUUGAAAUAUGUAUCGUUCUAUUUUGUUACUGUUAUUGCUCUUUGUUUUUACUACAGUUUGAUUUGUUUUAUUGCUGUUUAUUAGGGGAAAAGGACUCAAUAUAACCAAUUAAAUGUUGUUUACUUGGCAAGCCAAUUUUUCUGUAUGAUAUCGUCAUAUAAUUUUUUUAAUGGUCAUUUUUAAGUGCUUUCUUAUUUGCUUUAGUAUAUCGUAUACAGAACCUGCGUAGAAUGCUAUUUGAUACUGCUGUCCUCAUAGACAGAUACUUCGAUUCAGACCUAGUUUCAGUUUACAGCCCCUAUCAUAGCACCAGUGGUACGAUCCAAUAGGGGUUUAGGGUGUCAGGGCACAGAGAGUUUAAAUGUCGGGCAAAGUACAGUAGUCGGUGAAAGUCUGUUGCACUGUAUUCAGUGAACCGUGGCGUUUCAGCUCGCUACUACAGAUAGAUGGAGAGUAUAAUGGCAUUUUGACACAAAAGGAAAGGCCACACAAAAAGACAGAUGGACAGACCCUCAUUAAUUUAAUUAACAGCGGAAUUUUCUUGAUAUGAAAUUUAAGUGUGGUCCAAAAGUCUAGUGGGAAAAAAAGUCUAAAUCUGGUGUGACUUAAAAUGAACCUUAAAAUGAUUACUACAUAAUAUCUACACUGAACAGAAAUAUAAACGCAACAUAUAAAGUGUUGGUCCCAUGUUUCAUGAGCUGAAAUAACUACAUUUACCCUCCACUAUACCACUGAUCACUACAGUAUAAAUGCAACAUAUAAAGUGUUGGUCCCAUGUUUCAUGAGCUGAAAUAAAAACAUACCAGAAAUGUUCCAUACUCAAAAAAACAUCCUCUAAAAUGUGUUAACAUCCCUGUUAGUGAGCAUUUCUCAUUUGCCAAGAUUAUCCAUCCACAUGGACAGGUGUGGCAUAUCAAGAAGCUGAUUAAACAGUGUGAUCAUUACACAGGUGCACCUUGUGCUGGAGAGAAUAAAAAGCCACUCUUAAGUGUGGAGUUUUGCCACACAACACAAUGCCACAGAUGUCUCAAGUUUUAAGGGUGUGUGGAAUUGGCAUGCUGACUGCAGGAAUGUCCACCGGGGCUGUUACCAGAGAAUGUAAUGUUAAUUUCUCUCCCAUAAGCUGUCUCCAAUGUUGUUUUAGAGAAUUUGGCAUUGUGUGGGUGAGCGGUUUGUUGUGAACAGAGUGCCCCAUGGUGGCCGUGGGGUUAUGGUAUGGGCAGGCAGUAAAAUCUUUGAAAUUGUUCAAUGUUGCAUGUAUAUUUUUGUUCAGUAUAAAUAUACCUGACAUAAAAGACGCAGAGUAAACGUGUCAUCAAGCGAGGACCAGUUCCUAUGACAUCACAUGAUGAUCAUCAUCACCUUUAACCUGGUACCUGUUAUUUCCUUUAAACCCUGGAUGUAGAUCAUAUUGAAUGUUGACUUUGUAUUAAAAGCAGGAUGAUUGAAUAUACCACA